GCGAGUGUUUUUUCUCGAAGUUUGUCUCCUAUAGGCUGUGUGGAUUUUGGUUUUUCGAAGUGGACUUGCGCGGAUGGAGAGCUGGAACUUCGACCGGGUGAAGUGGAGCAAGCGACUGUGACGGUCGCGAGUUCCGUUUCCCGAGUUUCCUCGAGCUCCGCACGCAACCGUCUGAGCGGUACGCCUCCGUAUCGAAAAAAAAACUUCCGGAAGUAAUGAUCCGCUUGUUUACGCGACGAGUGUUUCGCCUUCGCUAGUGUGUGUGGCUCUUUGCUGACGGCUGGAAGACAUGGUUCCUGGGCGUUUUCUCGAAUUAUCGCCUCCUGAAGCGUUCGAAGAAAAGGCGCAGGCGCUCGCUCCACGACUGUCGUCUCGUCACUCGUUUGCUGACCUUGCUUCCGUGAAGCUUUUGUUCUCUUUGCGCUGUUGAUCUGCGGCAGAGAAUCAGUGGUUCCGGGUUCAGUGGCAGAAAACGUGCGGUGCCGUUCCCGGCGGCGGCGUACUCCGCAGAACUGUCCGCCUUCUCACGGCGUUCCUCCAGCAAUUCACAGGUUGCACGAGCCGCGAGAGACGACGAACCGAGUUUUUCGACACCUAAAAGGUGCUUCUCCAGAAAAUCCCGAAAAAGCGAUUCUAAAGGCUCCGUGGAAACCAAGAACACCGUGGGGUCUCGGCUGGUGUGCAUACGCGCAUUGUUUCCGCCUUUCCCCGUCCAUCUUUCGAAAUUCUGCGGGAAACCGCGCGGCUUUUCUCUCACCUUUUUCCAAGCCGCUCAGGAGGUCAGGCUUUUCCGCAGAAUUCCCCUGCUGUUCACGACCCGGGGGGGCCUCCUGUGCAAAGAGUAGUCUGCAGAGGCGUCGUCCGUUGCUUCCGUUUCGCGGCGGCUUGUCUGAUUUUCUGUCUGUGCUGCGUCAGGCUGUUCAUGUGGCGCGUUCCACGCAUGCAGAGCAGCAGCUCCCAAAGUGUAAAUGUGUAGCCAGACAAAGUGAAAUGCGGAGAAUCAUGUUAGUGCUACAUCCGACCCGUAGCUGCCUCCAAACGUAGCCAAGGUACCCGAUCGAGGAUUUGAGAAAGUGGCUGUGCAGCAGCAGGAGCACCGAGAUGGAACAUUUGUUGACGGUUGGUCCUGCCGAAACGAAUCUUGUUAAUCUAGACAGGUAGACCCGGGGAAGAUAUCGUACAGAUCAACGUUCCUGUUUCACUGGGUUUGACAGCACGAGCGGUUCUGCCAAUUCCGGACUCGCGCCCAGGUCGCUAACAGCCGCCGCCUCGUUGGGGGAGAGUCCUGUCUUCUUCUGGUUUGAGUAAACAAAGAAUCGUUUUUCUCUGUCUCUGCUGAGCAGACAUUCUUGACUUUAAUCUGGUGCGUGUGAACGAGGCAACCUCGUCCCCUUGACUUUGGACCGCAUUCUUGGCUCUGCUUGUAGUGUUACCAGUGGAAUCGCCCGGAGGUUCGGUGUCUCGUCUGCGCUCGAUUCCUGUUUCUGCGGCUGUUCGUUUGGAUCCGCGGCGAACCGUUUACACGAGAUUUUUGCGUUUGCGUCUUCUCUGCUAGGGGAGUUUCACUCAUUUACACUGUCGUGUCUGCGAGAGAGCCGAGCAGAGAGCGAGCCCUCUGAUGUACACGGCAGUGAACUCGCAGGUGCCCUCCACCUGCACAUACAGCUGUGCAGUUGCGGACUUCUGAAGCUCUCUGGAUGCCGGGCCUCGUCGAGCCUUUCGCGUGAUCCCUUUGUGUAGGUACACCCGCCAGCUGUGCGUCGCAGCGACGCAAACUGCCGAGGCAGAGAGGUUUGCAGAGAAAUCGAUUCUGCGUUCCAGUUCCCUGGGGGGCAGACGCAGUCAACGAAAGACAGAAGGAGCUGUGACUUUUGUUUCGCGAUGUGAUGGGGAUAAUCUCUCGGCGUUGCAUGCCUCUCACGCUGAAAGGCCGGCCGUCUCCUUAGGUGCGUCAAGAACCUUGUCAUUUCUGUGGAGAAGGGAGAGGAAAUGUCUUCUAGGCGGCAUGCAUGCACACGACUGUCGCCGCUACUGUUUCGUUUAACAGCGAGAGAAACUGCUUCUUCGUCAAAAGAAGCCGUCAACAGGGCGUCGUCCUCCAUGUCAAGAGGCCGCGUUUUUUCAGAUGUGGUGUGGCGCCCUCGCCGAGAGAAGCCGCGUUCUUGUCGUUUUUGAACCACAGCCUGCUUUUUCAGAGACUCGUUUCUGGGUACAUGAAGGCCAGAGCGCACCGGAUUUACACAGGCGAAUGGAUUUUGGCACAGAAACAUGGCGAAGUCACGGGGUAAAGUGCUCCGGCCUGGCGGGAGAGUCCUGAGGAGACAGCUGGGCGCAACGGAGGCGACAAAGAAGAGGGAUAUGUUUGCGGAGAGAGACUCUUCUCGAGACGCGGGAGAGAAUGCGACGGUGCCUCGUGCUCGUUCCUGCGAGGAGGCGAGGCGUCUGCCAGUUGGUCAUGUCGGAGGAAAGAAGACCUCAUCUUUCCUCCCUCUUCGCUGUUGGAUGAGAACCCAGAUGCUGAGUCACGGUCGCCUCGGUCCAGGCACCAACAGACGAGUCACGUCGCUCUUGCGGAUGUUUUCUCCGGAGGUCGCGUUUCCUCAGUCUCAGCUGCUCUGCUCCUCUGUCUAUUCUUCUCUGUCUUCGCUUCUUCGCGUGCGUCACUUCUCGCUGGCCUCUCUCAAAGGUCUUGUCUCGAUUGCCGUCCUUCUCCUCUCUUCUCUCUCUGUAGCUCACGUCGUGUUCACUGGCGUUUCCACGAGCUCCUCGUUUCUGGCGCCUGUCUCGUCUUCCCUCUCGACCCUGUCGCUGCCUCCGAACGCGACUGGCGGCUCCUCGUCUGCGGCGGCGGACCCUGCCUGGAUUCUUUUUGCGGCUGCGACUCCAGAGGAAGCUCUGCCUGCGUCCACUUCGAAAAAGCAAAGGAAGGGCAACGAGUGGAAAGUCCCCCAGCUCUUCGACUCCGACAUGCCGCGGGGGACAAGCAAGAACCUUGCGGACUCUCUCUCGGAGCCCUGGGCCGCCAGGAACGCCCCUGCGGGGUCUCUUGGAGCUUCCGACGAGAAACCCAAGUCCACUGGGUGGGUUGACGGAUUUCUCUCCUGGGUCGCGACCUCCACCGGCGUCGUCGGGGAAGAAGACGGUGGAUACGAGUCUGAGACCUUUGUGCUCUCUCUCACACUGUUCUGCAACGCAAUGCCCACGGCCUUUCGGCGACUCUACUCUCACUUGCCUGUGGGGAUCACCGCGGCGGACGUAUUAGACGGCCUCGUGGUCGGGGCGCCGUGGCUAGGCGGUCCAGGCGGCUCGCUGCUUCACCUGAGCCUCUGCGUCUCUGACCAUGACUCCUUCCGCCUCACUGCGUACCGCGGCAGCGGUCGGGGCCCCCCGCUCGAAGGCGCAGAUCUCUCCAGGCCCCUCUCCGACUUCCGGGUGCCUGCGGACGAUCCCUCGUGUCGAGGCACUUCCCCUCCGCGCGAGGUUUUCUCCGCAGAAGCGAAGGUCGCUCAGGACUCCCCUGACAAGCAGGUCCCCUCCCGACCCCGGAGUCGCGAGUUUCAAACGCUGCAGGCAGAGGCCGAAACCACCGAGGGAGGGAGACCCCCCGGAGGCGAGGGGCGGGUCCGAGACUCGAGAAGCGCUUGGCCCAGGCCCACUGAGGGUCUUGUUGGCAUUGACAUGUUCUCCAACUUCGAAGAAUUCACGCAAUCCGCCGGCCUGCGGGUGCGGAACACGCGGACCUCGGAAACGGGCGCCUUUCCGGUCGAUGACCCGUCGGGAUCCGCGCCCAGCCUGGGGGCUGGUAGCCAGGAGGUCCUGGGGGGAGGGAGCGCUGAGGCGCCGGAUCCGAGAGGGCGUGCAGGAUGUGAGAGCUCGGUGCCGAAAGUGUCUCUGGUUGUGGCCGUCGACGUAGCCCUGAACGAAGAAGACCUCGCGGUGCGGCGACUUGAAAGGCCGCUCGGGCCCACAACGAACCGACGGGGGGUGCCAGAUCGUUGGGCUCCAGAUCGGUCGCUCCCCGACUCCGACCGCGGUCGCGGCGAGGUGCCGGACACCGGGCCCAGUGCGGGGCCCGAGGGCCCCGUGAAGAGCUCGGGUCUUGUGCUGCGUGUGCCGCCCGGGUCGCGCCCGAGCACUCGCAGACACGACGAGUUGCACGGCAAGUCUGCGCAGCUGGCGAGACGCGUGGCGGAACAGUGGCGCAGAAGCAUGCUGGAGAGAGUUCGGAAACGAACCGAGGAGAUCGCGCCCCUGGCCACAGAGAGUCUCGAGAAAGGCGCGGUGGACUUGCAGUCGACCAGCGUCGAGCAUGCCGCAGACGUGGACGCAAACCGCAAGCUCAGGGCCUCCGUCGCGGACCCAGAAACGCAAACAGAGGUCGAGGUGGAUGCAGGAACAGCAGAGAGAAACGGGGAGGAAAGCCAGGCCAAAAACGAGACGAAACGCUUCGGGUUCUUCAGGUGGCUCUUCGGCAACGACGGCGAGUCACACGAGGUGAACGGGCACCCGGAAGAACGCGAGAUCGCCGACGACGAGGCACACGACAUCUGAGGUUGCCAUCCUGGUACACACUGGACAUGCGAUGCACACGCUCCACAGAGCACCUGUUUCCACGUUGUGAACGCGUCGAGAUCUUCAAGCUCUGUGCUGACCAGGUCCCAGCUCCACUGUGUUGGCAGAGGGAACGCGCGGCCAAGAGGUUUUUUUUUCGAAUUCGAGGGGCGAGGUGUUUGACGGCGAAGAGACAGGAGCCCAGAGACGAGGUGGCGCAGCUUGUGGGGAUGUAUGAGGCCGCGUGGAUGAAGGCGGUUUCAGCGAAGGCCGAGGAUACAGCCAGCGGGCAGAAAAGUGCAAGUAUAUAUUUACUGGAGCGGAGAAAACGGAGGUCGCUCUGAGGCGUACAAGGCUGGUUCGAGGGCAGAGCCCAAAAGGGAAGGAGAGAGAUGUUGUCGAGCGUGUAAAACCAUGAUGAAGUUGACCCGCGAGGACUGACCGAAGGCCAGUCAAUCGUGCGAGUGUGAGAUUUUCCGUAGCGUCGUCAGCUUUCGAGGACUGUGUUGAACGAGAAAGCAAGCAGGCGUGCAUGCAAGAAGGUCUGUAAAGAGUUUUGGUUUUGUAGACGAACAUACAGUGGAAGGUGGGUGCCUCGCUAGUCGAUGAAGGCUCCCGCCGUCUUCUAGGCAGAGACACAAGGGGUGCUGGCUUCACCGAUUCACGAACUUUUCCAUUGUUGACCUGCAUGCGUUUCUUCUGGUUACGCGAGGUGCCACACGCAAAACAGUCGCCUUCUCCGGAGAAAGGACAGACGGCGACAUGCAGAGUUUCCGAUUUUCUGGAAGUGAGCGAAAAGUGCAGGGGCUCUCAAGAACGGAGGAAAGACACAAGAUUACGCAUGAGAGAAGGGGAAAUAUUCGAGCUGACACAAAGAGCACAGAAUCGAAGACCGCGCGUAAGAGUCGGUUUUGCCUUUUUUGUCACUCGAAAGAUGCGUUUGAAUUUCCUCUAGAACUGUGCAGCCCGCAGGCACCGGUCGCACCUCAGUAGAUGUCUCCUCUGUUCUCUUCAGCUGCGAUGUCGAGAAUCCACGCGGACAAGACUGUUUGCUGUCGAGAAAAAUCGGGGACAACAGAGGACUGGACACACAGGGGCCGACGCACAGUUUUUGGUUGCUUUGCUUCCACUCUGGUUCGUAGCUGUCACUCCACUGUCGAGCGUAGAUGAUCUCCAACGGUGACAUUUCAAUGGACGCCGAUACAGCACCCCCAUCAGUUUAAUUCUACGCGUAGGACAUAAAUUGCUGUCACCACUCGCCUCAACCGCGAAGGAACCUCUAAGGACCAUCAGGACUGUGUGACUCGUGAUGGCCUCGAUACUCUCUGUACAGACAGAUCUCAAAAUUCCGGGAGUCCUUGCCAAGCGCAAGAAGUGGACCGUGACCCUUGUACUCAGUGGUCACAGUGUGAAAGUAGAAAUAGAAAUUUAUAUUUGGAGACAUAUGAAAUUCAACGACACUUCCUAUAUAGUUUCUCGCGUCCACCUCAAAAAGCAAAGACGCAUUGGACAUGAUGCGGAUCUGCGAUGCAACGAACUCUGGGAUCGCCUUCAGUGCCAAGAAGGAAAAUGCCACAACGCUCGCAUAUACCUCGAGAGUGUACUAGCAUUCGCUUGGAUAUCUGAAUGCGUCAAGUCGUGGUUCGCCGUUAUUUCCCUAUACAGUGACCCAGGGAAGACAAGAGUCUUCGUGCUUCCACGGCAUCGCGCGAAGGCUCAUGGCAUCUACACCAAGACUUGUCUUCUCUAUCCUUGCAUGCAUGUACACAUAAUAUUGUGUACCAAUAUAUACAUAUAUAUAUAUAUAUAUAUAUGACGUUUAUCUGCAUAUAGAGAUAGACGGAUGCAAGUAGGCAUAUGUACCUAUGUAUACAUGUGUACAUGUACGUAUAUGCUUGUAUCUGUCUAUGUGAAGCAUGGGCGCUGACGUUGUCUGUGCACAUUUUCUGUGAGCGAUGGUGUUGCAAAAACACAGUUGGUCGACUUCUGAAAGAGCACCCGGUCUGCGUUUCCGUCGAGAUCUGAAAAAAGGGACUCUGUCGGAUACGGAGAGAAAAAAGAUCGCUGAACGGCUCUGUGUCGUGCUUCUGCGAAAGUCGCAGACCUGCUCUUCAAUGAGAGCCGCUGGCGUUCCUACUCGGUGCGCGUCGGAGCAGGCGAAUGUAGUCGAGAAAGCCAAGGCCCAGAGACAACGAAACGCCGGAGCCUCGCAUGUAAAGAACAGAAGAAGGGGGAGAGAGGCAACCGAGAAGGAGAGAGAUCUCAAACAGAAAGGAUGAGCAAAGAUCAGGAAUCGCCACGAAUCAGCAAAACGCAAAGAAGAGACGCAAGAGGCACAGAGGGGGC